GUCAACACGUGCUUGGAGAACUGAAUAAUUCACAUGCAUUAAUUUAUUUGAACUUGUUUCCUUAGGAAUAAUAAAAUCGGCAGUUAAUAGUUGACCAAAAAAGCUUUACAUACUACACCUACCUACCUGGGCGCUCUUAGAUGCAAAGAAGAAGGAGAUCCAUCUGCCAUGGCAACUUCCUUAAAGGUCGCCGUUGUUGGUGCCGGUGUUGCCGGAUUAAUCGCCGCCCGUGAGCUUCAAAGAGAGUCCCACCAAGUUGUGGUGUUUGAAAAGUCACAUCGACUCGGCGGAACAUGGGCCUAUGAUCCACGAGUUGAAUCUGAUCUCUUAGGACUAGACCAAAACAGAGAGAUCAUUCAUGGAUCCCUUUACAAAUCCUUGCGAACGAAUCUUCCUCGUCAGCUCAUGAGCUUCACUGAUUUCAAAUUCAGCGACAAAACAUAUGGCGACGAGAGGUUGUUUCCUGGGCACGAAGAAGUUCUAAAGUUCUUGGAAGAUUUUGCAGGUUCUUUUGAAGUCACUGAGUUGAUUCGUUUCAAUACUGCGGUGACCCGAGUGGAAUUGGUUGACUCGGAUAUCAUCGAGUUUGAAGUGGAGUCGAAGACAAAUGGGGUGAAUGCAGUGGAGGUGUUUGACGCGGUGGUCGUCUGUAACGGUCACAAUAGUGAACCUCGGCCUGCAUUCGAUAUUCCAGGCAUCGAGACAUGGUCUAAGAAGCAAAUGCAUAGUCACAACUAUCAUGUUCCUGAACCAUUUCGAGAUCAGAUUGUAGUUUUAAUUGGGAAUGGGCCAACUGCAUUGGACUUGUCAAGAGAAAUAGCAACGGUUGCCAAAGAAGUUCACAUGUCAUCAAGAUCUCCGGCUCCGUAUGCUAAAGUUUCGAAAUCACAGAAGUUCAGCAAUAUAUGGCAGCAUGCAAAGAUAGAUUGUAUCAAUAAGGAUGGUACAAUUACAUUUGAAGAUGGAAUAUCUAUUGAUGCAUAUAUCAUAUUCCAUUGCACCGGGUACAAAAGUCAUGUUCCAUUUCUCAAGACUAAUGGCAUUGUGAGUGUACAAGAGAAACGCAUUGGACCUCUCUACAAACUUGUUUUCCCCCCACAACUAGCUCCAAGACUAUCCUUUGUUGGACUACCCGAAAAGAGUCUUACAUUUCUUAUAAUCGAGUGUCAAUCAAAAUGGAUAGCAAAGACUUUAUCAACGAAGAUAUCAUUGCCAUCAAAGGAUCAAAUGUUGAGAGACAUCAAAGAACAUCAUGGAGAUAUAGAAGAUGAUGGAUUUCCUAAAGCUUACACUCAUUUUCUUGAAAUUGAGAAUGAUUACAUAGAUUGGAUGUCUACUCAAUUGGAAAUGAACGUGGACAAGAAAUUUACAGACAUGUUCAAAUACCUCAUCCACUGUUUUAGAUCUGGGAAUUUUGAUAAUUUUAUGAAUUUAUUCGAAUUAAAAUAUGGUGUAUGAUUAUUUAAUUUCCAAUAAUAAAUCUUCAUUUAUGUUUAUCAAACAAAUGUCUAGAAAAGAUAUGUAAUAAAAAUGGUUAGCUCAAUUGACUUGACAAAUAUUUCUUUGUA